ACUGUAAGGAAAAAAAAAGGAAAAAUCUCAUCUUUCCCUCGACUACAACCACCUAAGGGUUAGGUUUAUUUCUCUUAUUUCUCUCUACUUCUUUUAUUUUCCCUAUUCCGAUUCCGAUUUCGAUUUGUCUUCUCCGAUUCUCCCUUUCAUUCGCUUUCUAGUCUCUAGGGUUUCUAUAUCGGAUUUCGAAUCGGAUCUGUAGUUAGACAUGGACACUCGUAAGAGAGGACGGCCUGAAGCUGGCUCAUACAACUCCAAUGGCGGCGGAUUUAAGAAGUCUAAGCAAGAGAUGGAAUCAUAUUCAACUGGUUUAGGAAGCAAAUCGAAGCCAUGCACAAAAUUUUUCAGCACUUCUGGCUGUCCUUUUGGAGAGAACUGCCACUUCUUGCAUUAUGUUCCUGGAGGAUACAAUGCUGUAGCACAGAUGACAAAUAUGGGACCACCCAUGCCUCAAGUUUCCAGAAACAUGCAAGGAUCUGGUGGUGGGGGACGAUUCUCAGGGAGAGGAGAGUCUGGACCUGGACAUGUCUCUAGCUUUGGUGCCUCAGCCACUGCCAAAAUCAGUGUCGAUGCUUCAUUGGCCGGCGCAAUCAUUGGAAAAGGUGGAGUCAGUUCGAAACAGAUAUGUCGCCAAACAGGUGCAAAGUUGUCGAUUCAAGAUCACGAAAGAGACCCGAAUCUGAAGAACAUUGAGCUCGAAGGAACAUUUGAGCAGAUAAACGAAGCGAGCGCAAUGGUUAGAGAUCUAAUUGGGAGGCUUAACGCGGCAGCUAGGAAACCACCAGGUGGUGGUGGUGGUGGUGGCGGUGGCGGAGGCCUUGGUUCUGAAGGGAAACCGCAUCCAGGGAGCAACUUCAAGACGAAGAUCUGUGAGAGAUUCUCGAAAGGAAACUGUACAUUUGGUGAUAGAUGUCACUUUGCACACGGCGAAGCAGAGCUACGCAGGUCAGGAAUUGCCUAGUUGCUUGAGUAAGAGAAUUUGCUGUCAACAAGUCUCUUCUUUUGUGGGGGUUUUAUGUAAUACCAUUUUAUCUACUUUUUUUAUUUUUGUCUUUGGUUAUGAGAAUACAAUGUUAGUUUCAUUGUCAUUGUAAGUUUUUUCUAUUUGGUGUUUUUUAGAAUUUUAGUUUUGGUUAAAUCGAAUUGAGAUGUGAGACUUAAGAAUGAUCAACAAACUUAGAAACAGUGAUUAGGAUUGUAUGCUGCCUCGAUUUAUAAUAAUGUUUACUCUGUUGUUGACAUGUAUGUCGC